AUGAGGAGAGAGGAUGCAGCUGCUGCCAUCAGCCGCAUAGCAAAGGCCUUGGAUCUCCAGAAGCAUUUAAAAACCCCAGCGAGGAGAUUAUCUGCUGGAGAAGCCAGAAAGCUGUGUUUCGCGCUGAGCGUCCUGGGAGACCUGAGGGUAAUGCUUUGGGACGAGCCGUCAGCGGGCAUGGACCUGAAAGGGCAGCGCCGUAUGCGGAAGGUGAUUCAGACCACCAUGAAAAGCAAGGAGCGGGCAGGAAUCCUCAGCACGCGGUACCUGGAGGAGGCGGCAACGACGUGCGACCGAGUGGCCGUCCUGGUGUCAGGGCAGCUACGUUACAUUGGCUCCCUUGAGGAUCUGAAAAGUAAAUUUGGCACAACUUACCACCUAGAAGUCAAAAUGACGGACAUGGGGCAAAGUGAUGCUCUCCACGCUGAAAUUCUGCGCUUCUUCCCCCACGCGGCUCGGCAAGAAAGAACUUCUUCUUUGCUCAUCUACAAGAUACCAAUGGAAGAUGCACUACCUCUGUCCCAGUCUUUCUCCAAGCUAGAAGCAGCUAAACAGAAUUUCAGGCUUGAGGAGUACAGCUUGUCAUUGAACACUUUGCAACAGGCGUUUGUAGACCUCACCCGGGACCUGGAGGAGCACGACCUGGAUGUGGCAUCCAGUGGGGCUGUGGAGCAGAGACCACUUCACCCCUGA